AUGAAUUACCUAGAGAGGAACAAAAUCGAAACGAUUUACAAGGACGACUACACAGACUUCACGAGGCUCAGCGACUUUGAGGUGUUCACCAAGGAUAUCCUAGUGAGCUUAAAAAAAUUGAACAUCCUAGAGACCAAGAGGAAAUAUGAAAGGAAGUAUGCCUUUGCAAAUGCUGAGCAGAGGGACAAACCUCUGGCCCCUCUUUCUCUCUUCAUCACGGUGGACGACACGUGUAACUUUUUAAAAAAAUUGGUAAUAAAAAAGGACUAUUGCAUAAAAUUAAAUUAUAUUUAUUACCCUCAUAAUAAAUGCCAAAAUGUGAUCCCCUUUAAUGCGGAGGAGAGCUCGGACUCUUAUAGGAAGAAUGUGAACGCGGUUAACUCGUUUUAUUGUUUGCAUGGGAAUUUGAAUUGCUCCGAGAUUGUGCUUUUCCCCGCGAGGACCUUUCCUAUACAGCGGUUUUUUUUCGUGAACGAAUACGUGGAGCUCGAAGUGAUAGACAGGAGCGUCCCGGAGGAAGAGCAGUACAUCGUCGUGGAGAGCCUGUCCGUGAGCAACCUGAUGCUGAACGCGUUGAAGCAAGCGCUGAGCGAGUUGGAGAUUUGCCUGCCCACCUUCGUCGCGGUGGACAAGAACUACUACAUAUACCACGGCCAUUUCUACACGAGCGACUACACCUACUUUAACGCAACUGCCGGUGGGCCCGAGAAGGCGAACUACGUCUCCCUGUACAAGGGCACCGGGUUCGAGGUGAAUUACAACUCCUUCAAGUUCUUCAACUACUUCAAGUGCUUCUCCUACGACCAGCUGGUGGCCCUCUUCUCGCUUUUCAUCUACCUCUCCAACGUGAGGGGAAAAAACAUUUUCAAAAUCAGCGUGUAUAUAAAAAAUAUUUAUUUGAUUGACAAGCCGCAGUGCAGCCAUGUGCUCGGCGCCACCGACCUGAGGAACCGGCGGUUCAGCGGUUUGAAGCUGCUCGUCAGGGGGAAGCGGGGAAGAGUGGAGAAGGCAGUCAGAGAGGGAAAAGCGGGCAGAGUAGUCUCAUCCGGAAGAGCGGCCAAACCGGGCGGCGAGCGGAAGAGGGAGAAGCAAACGCACAGGAAGAGCAAGCAAAUCUACAUCUUCAAAAACGCGCACAAAAGGAACGCCUACGAUAGGGAGGUUGUCCCGCACAUGUACAUGAACCAUAUUUAUAAUUAUAUAAAGAAAAAGAAAUUUUAUGGGCGGAGGAUAUUUCUCUGUUGCUUUGUGAAGGAGAGGAGUGGCUUCCUCGGUGGCAGAAGCGAUAGAGGUGAUAGAAGCGAGACAACCCCCCUCGGCGGCAGAAGCGAUAGAAGCGAGGCCGCCACCCCCCUCGAUAGCAGAGUUCAUAAUAGUGAGGCCAACCCCCUGGGGUGGUGGGUUGUUAGGCGCACUGCGGAAGAACGAAGCGUUGCCCUGCGAAACUACCUGUUCAGCAUGAAAAGCGACCUUUUUGGAAAACCGAGUUACUACCAAGGGAGCGAUUUUAAAAAAGUAAAAUUAACGGAUGUCCUGUCAGACGAUGGGGGGGUGGAAGAUGAGGAGAAGGAGGAGGAAGAAAAUGAUGAAGAAGGGGACACAAAUGAGAAGAGCCUUCCGGAUUACUCCGACUCAUCUCUGCUAUUUUACCCCUGCCCAUUGGUUACCCAAAAUAGCAGUUACGAGCAAAACAGCGAAAAUGUGAAGUGUAGGAAGAAAUCUACCUUCGAGGAAAUCAAUCGGUUGUACCAAAAUUUGAGGAGCCACAAAAAUUUACCCAAAAGUGAAAGUAACCCCUUUGUCUCCAUUUAUGUUUUGAAUUUCAUAAGCAACAUGGAGUCUAAUAUAUUAAGUGGGGUGACCAAUGUGAGUGGAGGGAUGGUUUUUCCUCAAAAUGAGGGAGUUUCCCAUCUGAGCAGUGGGAUGGCUACCCUCAUUGGUGGAUCCUCUAAUCUGAGCGGCAGCCCAGUUCAUGUGAGUCCCCACGGAAAUGCACGAAGUAACGAGCAGGAUAGGCGGAAAAGAAAAAAACGAGUCGUUAACGUGUGGAAAAUCAGAUUCAUUAACAAUGAUAAGUACAAGGGGAAAAACAGCUUCCUCUUGAAGAACAUACUGAGGCUGUACUACAACGAGUUGUUGGAGCUAAAGAAAAAGAAGACUGACAGCAGAAACGAGUGCAAAAACGAGUGCAAAAACGAGUGCAAAAACGAGUGCAGAAACGAGUGCAAACAGGAGUGCAAAAAUGAGUGCAGGCACGAUUGCAAACAGGAGUGCAGGCACGAUUGCAAACAGGAGUGCAGGCACGAAGGCGCCAACGAUAUGAUGACGUCGGUGCAGCACUACCUGAUGGAGUUCAUGCCGCUGAAAAACAAAGACUGGGUGAGGGACAGGGAAACGUCCGCCUACAGCUGCUUUAACGUAGAGGAGGACUCGACGAGGUACUACGUGGACAAAAUUCUGAACAACAUGUUUAGCAGUAACAAGCGAAAGGUGUACGAGUGGCCUCGGGGGCGGGGGGCUAGAGGGAAACUGCGGCCAAGGAGGAGCGCCCACAAUGAGUGCUUCGGCACGGAGGAGGCGCAGAGCAGCGGCGGGGGCUACUCGAAUGUUGGCGGCGGGGGCUACGCGAAUGUUGGCAGCGGGGGCUACGCGAAUGUUGGCAGCGGGGGCUACGCGAAUGAUGGCGCGGGGGGGAAUCCCAACAGUGGAGGAAGUCAGAGCCCCGUCGGGGGCGCAAACCACAGGGUUGUCGGGGGGAACCUCUUCGUAAGUAAGGUUGACGGAGAGCUAUUCCCGCAGAAGGGCAAUCGAGGGUAUCUCAGCCUGUACCAGAACGACGCCAAGGAGGUGCACUUCGUUCUAAAGAAGGGGGACAACUUCCCCAAGAGGAGGGCCAACCCCGUGCAUGCGAGGAAGGGCAGGCGCGGGAGGGACCCGCACGCGGCCGCGGGGGCAAGGGGGAAGGGGGCGCAAAGGAGGGGGCAAGCGCGGGGGGAGAGCGAGAGUGGGGAGAGCGUUAGUAGCGGCAAUAGUGGUCACAAUGGUGAGAGUGACCGCAGCAACCGAAGCAACCGCAGCAACGGCAGUAAGCGAAGUAAGCGAAGCGGCGAAAACAAGCUGGAGCAACUGGUGAGGGACUUCCUAAAAAUCAAGGAAAGGUACUUCCUGUGCCACCGCGAAGAAAGGAUAACCGUGCUGUUCUUCUACCUCAUCAGCCACUCCAGCAACAUAAAAACGUUCUACUACAUAUGGAAUCAAUUCUUCGACAACAUAAGAAAUAAAUACGAAAAUAAUGAGUACAUUUUUAACGACUGCAUGUUCCUGUCUUACGGUCCGUUGAACGUGUAUUCCUACAGGUGCUCCAUCCUUUCGCAGUAUAUAAAGGCGCUCAACAUUUCUACGCAGCAGUUUAAAAUCAACGAAAUGAAGAACCAUAUGAAACUGAAGAAGACGUUGAGUAUCUUCUGCAACGAUAGCGAUAACCCUUUGGGGAAGGACAGCUCCUCCAACUGUGGGAGCCUCUCCAAUGUAAAUGAAAAGGAACCGUUUGUAAGUAUCUCUCACAGUAAGAGCAGCAAUAGCUUGACUACGUUUUUUAAGAAGAGCACAUUUGAGGAGACUGUUUUUUACUCCUGCGAAAUGAAUGACAGCAGCAGUGUGUACAAUCGGAAGUCCUCCGGGGUGCCUCCUCACGAAGGCGGCUCGCCCAACAUGGAGCUGGAGCACAUCAGUGGGAGCGCGGACUCGAUUGCGCGCCUUGCCCCCGAGGCGCAUCCGCUAAGCGGCGUGAGUGGCGGCGUCAGCAACGACGUCAGCAACGAUUUGAGUAACGGCGUCAGUAACGAUUUGCGUAACACCCCCAGUAACAACCCCAGCAACAACGUGGGUAACCCCCCCGGGGACGCGCGCCCUGAGAGCCCGAGCAACGAGCCCGGCAAGCCGCCCAAACGCAGCGGCAGCGCCCUCCCGGGCACGGAGAGAGGCAAGGCGAGCAAAAAAAGCAGCCCCGUGAUUUCGAACUUCUUCCCCUACCCAUUAAACAACAUGGAGCUCUUCAUAACGAAGAACAACGCAGGGGCAAAGGAGGUGAACGACCAAGACGACAUGAUCACCCUCAUACACGAAAUUUUAAGAAGCAGCAACAAGGAUAGCUACACAUACGCAGAUUUUACAAGGUGGUAUAGGAAUAAUGUGGGCAAAUUUAGCUACACCUCUCAGAAUGUAUUAAAAUAUUGCUACAAAAGCAUCAAGGACAGCUACUUUGUUAACGUAGACGUGGGCUACAUAAAAGAGAAGUGCAAAGAAAUUGAUGAGAAAUACUAUAGGAGGGGGGGUACGAAUGACUCGUGUGGAAAAAAGGGAAAGGAGGACUACCUAAAGAAGAUGUUCCACUACGUGAAGAGCAACUAUGAUUAUAUAAAAAAAAUUAAGUGCCCAUUCAACACCUUCUUCGUGGGGGAGCUAAAUCUGGAUAACCUCCUAAAUUUAAACAUCCUAGAUUUGCUCGACUGUGCCUUUAAGGUUUUUUUUAUUUCUUAUUUAAAUUCUGUGAUGAACUCCAAGCUGAUUUACAUCCGCAAGAUUCAGGAGGUCCUGGCGAGCAUGUUCGCCAUCAUAAAGGGCAUUCACAGGAGGGGGAGGGGGCGGCGGAGGAGCAGCAGGAGCAGGAGCAGCAGGAAGGGGGAGAGAAGCGGCCCCGGCGGUGAGAGAAGCGGUCAAAAUGGUGAGAAAAACAGCCGCGGUGGUGAGGAAAGCGGUCAAAGUGGAAAGAAAAACAGCCGCGGUGGAGAUGGCAACCUCGGUGAGGCGACCCCCCCGGGGUGUCCAAACCCCUCGCCUGCCUUGGCCAAGGGUGCACGGGGAAAGGACCCCCCUGGUGAUGACGCAGGGAGGAGGGACCCCAACUCCACUGUCAAUUUGCAGGAUGCUGCUGGGGAUGACAGCCAUCCCAACGUGAAGGGGGAUCACCUAGCGCAAGAGCGGAAGAGUACCGCUGAAAAGUCCUCGUCUGUUCUAAGGAGGGAAACCCAUGGGGGAAGCAUCACCCCCCAGGGUGACACAAACCGAAGCAGUGAAGGACGACGCUACUACCGUGUUGGAGCUCCUAAUAGGGACAGUACAAACCACGCAGCGGCUAUCCCAUCAAGUGGCAAUCCACCCCAUGUGAAGUCCCAAGAAAAUGUGAACGACUCUGAAAGAAACAGCAGCGAUAAUGUGGACUUCUGCUACGGUGGUGAGCAAAAGACGGGGUAUAAAAACAGCUUCAACAUUAACAAGGAGGAAAAUUAUUUUAAAAAUUUCUCGGUCGACUCGGAAAAAAAAAAAAAAAAAAAUACAUACAAUGAUGCGAAUUUUUCCAGGGAAAUUAAAAGGACAUAUAAAAAAAGGUACCAAAUUAUUUUUAACCAGAAAUUAUUUCUCCUAUUCGAAACGUGUGAGCAAAUGUUUAACAAAGCUGCAUGGCUGUAUCGAAUUUUUAACAACAGCUUGAACGAAAAAAGGAUCUUCAAUUUGAUAAAUACCAUCCUGGAAUCGGAAGAAAAAGAAAUUGUUAUCAACCCAAAGGACCAGAAAUAUUUUUAUGACUUUAUUAAAAAUAUUUGCCUGAGUGAGAACAGCAAGAAUGGCGCGUUUGGCAAGAGUGGCCCCUUUGGCAAGAGUGGCGCGCUGGACAAGAAGUGGAGCGGCGCCAGCGGCUCCAAGUUCCACAGAAUAAACAAGUCCAUUUCGUCCAGGCAUUUGAAUCGGACCUUCAAGUCGAAAAGGGAGAGAAGUGAAAGAAGCGAAAUAGGCGAAAGGGGUGAACGAAGCGAAAUCGGCGAAAAAGGCGAACGGAGCGAAAAGAAUGACAACAGCGCCGGCAGCGCAAAGAACCCCGUGAUUAAUAACCCGUAUCAAAAUUUGGGCGUCUCUGUGAAGGUCAAAAAGAAUGACUCACAGCCGUGCCCAUCGGCGAGCGACGAAAAAAAUAUGCUCAACAAAGAUAAGCUGUCUCUCCUCCUGCAUUCGCACAAUAAAGAACAGAACAUUCAGGAAUGCAUUAUCGAUUACGUUGACCAUAGCUUUGGGGAUCCACUGUACAACCCCCCUGCACGCAUGUACUGCAGCGUGAACCCAGUCGACACGACCGUUUCGUUUGUUAAGACAACUCCCAUUUUGUGA